GGGAUCACAUCUCCCUUGUUCUGUCCUCAUCUGUGGAGCUGCGAACUGUAAGGUGGUGGGAGCUGCAGGCGGGACUCGGGAGGCCCAGGAACUAGAAAUGGACUCAGUGGCCUUUGAGGAUGUUAAUGUGGAGUUCACCAUGGAGGAGUGGGCUUUCCUGGAUCCCACCCAGAAGAAACUGUACACAGAUGUGAUGCUGGAAACCUUCUGGAACCUGGCAUCAGCAGCAUGUAUUUUAGAACAAUGUGACGACCAUGACAAUGAAGAUCAGUAUAAGAAGCAUGGGAUGAAUCUUAGCAAUCAUAUUGUAGAGAGACUCUGUACAAGGAAGGAUGGUAGUCAAUGCAGAGAAAACUUCAGCCAGAUUCCAAAUCAUAAUGAAAAGGACACUCCUACUGAAAUAAAACAACCUAAAUCCAGGUUGUGUAGGCAAAUCUUCAUAUGUUACUUAUCCUUGAAUAACCACCUGAGCUCUCACAUUGGACCCAAACUGUACCUGUGUCAGGAAUACAAAGAAAUACCUCAUAAGGAAUGUGAGAAAGUUUUCAAGCCUCACCAUCAUAUUCAGAGCCAUGAAGGCAGCCCCAGUGGUAGAACUUUCCACUUUUCAACUUCCCUUAGAAAUUAUGAAAGAACGUAUAUCGCUGGGAAACCAUAUGAGUGUGAGCAAUAUGGGAAAGGCUUUAAUCGUCUCACUUACUUUGAACUUCACAAAAAUACUCAUAGCGGAGAGAAACCUUAUCAAAGUAAGCAACGUGGCAAAGCUUUCAGUUCUCCCAAGUACUCUGGAGAAAAUGAUAGCACACACACUGCAGAAAAGCCAUAUCAAUGUAAGAAAUCUGGAAAAGCUUUAAGUUCCACUUCUCUUAGAAAUCAGGAAAGAACACACACCAGUGAGAAACCUUAUGAAUGUGGGAACGUCUUCCAUCAGCUCAGCUCUCUUGGAGAACAGAAUAGAAGUCAUGUCGGAAAGAAGCCUCAUGAAUGUAAGGAAUGUGGUAAAACAUUCCGUCGUCGCUAUUCCCUUAUAAUUCACCAAAGAAUGCAUACUGGGGAAAAACCCUAUGAAUGUAAACUUUGUGGUAAAGUUUUCUCUUAUUCAACUUCCCUCCAAAAUCAUAAAAGAACUCAUACCGGGGAAAAACCCUAUGGUUGUAAGCAAUGUGGGAAAGCCUUCAGUUGUACAAAGUCUUAUCUAGAGCAUCAACGGGCUCAAUGUGGAGAAAAGCCCUAUGAAUGUAAGCAACUUGGGAAAGCUUUCGUAUUUUCCACUUCUCUUCGAAAUCAUGAAAGAAUGCAUACUGAGAAGAAACCCUAUAAAUGUAAGCAAUGUGAGAAAGGCUUCCAAUAUAGCAGCUGUCUUGGAAAACAUAAACGAUGUCAUGACGGAAAGAAGUCUCAUGAGUGUAAGGAAUGUGGUAAAGCAUUGCAUCAUUCCUAUUCCCUUAGAAAUCAUCAAAGAACUCAUUCUGAGAAAAAACCCUAUGAAUGUAAGCAAUAUGGGAAAGAAUGUGGCAAAACAUUCCAUCAUCACUAUUCCCUUAGAAAUCAUGAAAAUACUCAUACUGGAAUGAAAACCUAUGAAUGUAAGGUUUGUGGUAAACUUUUCUCUUAUUCAGCUGCUCUUCAAUAUCAUAAAAGAAUGCAUACGGGUAAAAAACCCUGUCAUCCCUCUUCCCUUAGAGAUCAUGAAAGAACUCAUACUGGGGAAAAACCCUAUGAAUGUAAGCAUUGUGGCAAAGCAUUCUAUUUUCUAUCUGCCCUCCAACGUCAUGAAAUAACUCAUACUCGGGAAUAUCGCUAUGAAUGUAAGCAUUGUGGAAAAGGUUUCUAUUAUCAAUCUUCUCUCCAAGAUCAUGAAAGAUCUCAUACUGGGGAAAAACCCUAUAAAUGUAAGGUUUGUGGUAAAGUUUUCUCUUAUUCAACUUCCCUUCGAUAUCACGAAAGAAUGCAUACUGGGGAAAAACCCUAUCAAUGUAAGGAAUGUGGGAAAGCCUUCAUUUUCCCCAGCUCUCUUGGAAAGCAUAAAAGAAUUCAUGAUGGAAAGAAGCCUCUUGAAUGUAAGGAAUGUGGUAAAACUUUCUAUUAUCAAUCUUACCUCCAACUUCAUGAAAGUAUUCAUACUGGUGUAAAACGUUAUGAAUGUAAGCCAUGUGGUAAAGCUUUCUAUUAUCCAUCUUCCCUCCGAAAUCAUGAAAUGACUCAUAAUAAGGAAAAACCCUAUGCAUGUAAGCAAUGUGGGAAAGUCUUUAGUUACCUCAGUUCUCUUCGAUGUCAUAAAAGAAUUCAUGAUGGAAGGAAGCCUCAUGAAUGUAAGGAAUGUGGUAAAACAUUCCAUCAUCCCUGUAACCUUAGAAAUCAUUUAAGAAUUCAUACUGGGGAAAAACCCUAUGAAUGUAAGCAUUGUGGCAAAGGUUUCUAUUAUCUGUCUGCCCUCCAAAGUCAUGGACGAAUUCAUACUGGCAUAAAAUGCUAUGAAUGUAAGCAGUGUGGUAAAGGUUUCUGUUAUAAAUCUUCUCUUCAACGUCAUGAUAGAACUCAUACUGUUUUAAAAUCCUAUGAAUGUAAGCUAUGUGGUAAAGUUUUGUCUUCUUCAACUUCCAUUCAACAUCAUGAAAGAAUCCAUACUGGGGAAAAGCCCUAUCAAUGUAAGGAAUGUGGGAAAUCCUUCAUUUCUCCCUGCUCACUUGGAAGUCAUAAAAGAAGUCAUGAAGAAAAGAAGUCUCAUGAAUGUAAGGAAUGUGGGAAAACCUUUCCUUUUCCCUCUUUACUUAGAAGACAUGAAAGAAUUCAUACUGGAUGA